GCUGUACCACCAAUUCAAAACAACACGGUUACGCAAACUCUCUUAAGAAAAAUCCCCAAAUCUCAUGAAAUUAGGGUUUCAAUCAUUCGAAUCAGAACUUUCUACUCCUUUCACUACGAAUCUCUAGGGUUCUUCUGGAGGAUUAGAUUUCUGGGUUUGAGAAACUCUCUCAUCAUCAUCAUCAUCAUCAUCAUCAUCAUCAUCAAUUCGAUCGAUUUCACGUGAUGCCUUCGUUAUCACUGAGCAUUCCUUUCCUUUUCUUAGCUUUCUGCUUGAUCGGUUUACAAGCCGCCGAUGAUCUCCCAGACAGAUCCGGCGGCGGCGUGUGCCCCGGGGGUUCUGAUCCGGGUGGAUGCCCAAUUAACUGUUUCCGGGCGGAUCCGGUAUGUGGAGCCGAUGGAGUAACGUACUGGUGCGGUUGUCCUGACGCAGCUUGUCACGGCGCUCGUGUAGUCAAAACAGGAGCUUGUGACACAGGUAAUGCUGGAAGUGCUUCUGUUCCAGGGCAAGCUUUGUUAUUGAUUCAUAUUGUUUGGCUUUUCUUGCUCGGGCUCUCUCUUCUCGUUGGUGUCUUCUGAUCUUCUUGAGAGUUCAUGGCGGAGUUAGGGAAUGGAAUUGAUCUUAUUUCUUUGUAACUUUUUAGUCAUCACUUUACAGAGCAUAUGUGCCUUGAGAUAGAUGUCACACGUCCUGAGUUUUGUAUGUGUAAUGUUGAGUAUUGUUUUGCUUUGUGUGCUAUAUAUAAAUAUGUAAUUGAUUCUGUUUCAAAUUCAUUAUAUCAAGAUAUGAUCAGACAGAUGCUUAAUA